AUGUGUACGACUUCCUCUACUAUGCGAGAAGAAACGAUGGAUGAUCUCAAAGAUUGGGAGUACGUAAAGCAGGGCAUCAUCAUGUGGCUUAACAACAUGCCUAAAGCGGCCGAGGAUAGCUUUAAGGAUCGGCCGUCCAGUGUGCACAUUGUCGCAGGGCACACAUUCAUCUCGUUUAUGAAUGCCGUCAUUUCGUGGGAAACGGAAAAGAUGAACGACGCCCAAACACGCCUCCGCGAGCUCGAGAAACAGUGUGCCGGUGACGUCGGAUGGCUGAAAUCGGUUCGAUCGAAACUGUUUGGGUCUAGCGAGCCACGAAAAUCGCUUACCGAAACGCUGGAAGAGCAGAUUAUACUGGCCGACAGCCAGCUCUGUCUAGCAAUACUCGUGUCCUUGGGUCAAGAUAUUGGUGGAUUCGUGAAAGGCGGAUGGCUGCUACGGAAGGCUUGGAAGGUGUAUCAGCACACUUAUCAACAGAUUUAUCAGCUGUACUCCGAUGCGAUAGAAGGCCAUGGGGAAAUGUCCAUUCCGCAGGCUCCGCUACGGCAUCAGAUGCAGAGCAGGGAUUCGGGUGGUUCGGGCAUGAGAAUAUCGGUCGAUCUGGGAACUCCUUCCUCAACGGAUUGGACCGUACCGAACUCUACGCUUCAGUCUCCGGAUGAUUGCAAGUGGACAUCACAUUUGGAGGCUUUGCGUAAAUCGAAAACUACAACCUUUGAACCAUCGGAGCAUUUCAACGAACUGACCUCGAGUGAAUCCGACCCAAGCGGAAGCAGUGGUAGUGUGAAGAAAAGCUACACAACUGACUUUGUUGGGAUUGCUAGUCCUUCGGGAGCAGGAUCAAGUACUGAAUCGCUGGACCCUAAUGGACCGAUGGAACAAAUGGAGCGCCGCUGUGCCCCUCGAGAUGGUUUAAUGUUGGACCUGAGCCAGGGAACGGAGCGACGAGUAAACCUUAUGCCUAAUGGAAUACCUCCAAGAGCGACUACAAGCUGGCGAGCAUCGUUAACAACAGCACCUUGUGAACCAGGUCCAAACGAAAGAGCCAUUCAUCCAGAAGACAUCCAUCGGCUAAUGGGCGCAAUAAGCUUCGGAUACGGUGUGUUUCAGCUCAGCAUAUCGUUGCUACCGCCAAGUUUGCUCAAGCUGAUCAGCUUUCUUGGGUUCGAAGGUGAUCGUGCAAUGGGAAUAGCGUGUUUGAGCUUUUCCCGCCAAAGCAACGAUAUGAGGGCACCGCUGGCAACACUUGCGCUCCUCUGGUACUACACUAUCGUGACGCCAUUUUUUGCGCUGGACGGAUCAAAUCUGAGCAUCGAAAUAAGUGCAGCCCAGGAGCUAAUCGAUGAAGCAAACGAUCAGUUUUCCAAGUCUUCACUGUUUCUGUUCUUUCGGGGUCGUGUCGAGCGGUUGAAGUCCAACAUUGAGGAUGCGAUACGUGCCUACGAGUUGGCAUACCGUUCGUCUGCUCAGCGAGAGAUAAAACUUCUUUGUCUUCACGAAAUCGGUUGGUGUCGGUUGAUACAGCUAGACUUUGGAACAGCGAUGAAGAAUUUUAAGGAACUGAAGAUGUGCAGCCAGUUUUCCAAGAGCUUUUACUCGUAUCUGACAGCAAUAUGUGAAGGAUCGUUCGGGCAAUAUGCCAACCUUGUCAAGUGGCGUGCUGAAAUACUGGAACUAGUUAACCGGUCCCCACAGAAGGAUUCACAGAUCGAGCGGUACAUAUUCCGUCGCAGCUUAAAGUUGCCACGAGCAGAAAAUGGAGCGGAACAACCAAAGUAUCGCAGUUCCCUCUACUGGAAGUUUCUGGUGUUUGAGAUGCUCUUUCUCUGGAACACGCUUAGCAGCUGCAACGUGGAGCAGCUAGAAAGCAUGGUUGCCGACUGUUCCCAGCCGACGGACGCAUUCAGUGAACCGAUGGUAGGAAUCUCUCGGUUAAUUUUAGGUGCCUGUCUGACCUGUCUGGCCCGGUUCGAUGAGGCGAUCGUUGCCUUCCGGGAGUGUAUCGCGAUGCGGGAAAGGUUCGAACAUCAGGAGCAACAGGAUACACACAUUUCGGCCUUUGCGCAUUACGAGCUGGCCGUGCUUUUGCUUCGCCAGCAACAGCAUGCUACUACAGCCGAAGCUCACCGGCUGCUUACGCACGCGCAGCAACAUUUUAAGAAUUACGACUUUGAUAAUCGCGUCAGCGUGCGUAUUCACACGCUUCUAAAGCGGUUGGAAUAA